GGCCGCGCGACGCGUCGAGUCAGUUGUGCACGGUCGGUCGCGCGUUACGCAUUGCACGGAGGAGACGCCGCGUAUAAACGGUCGCGCGCAACGUAACAGUCUCCGAGCGAAGCAAGUUCAGCGUGUUUGCACGCACGCACGCACGCACGAGACACCGCAUUCGCUACUUUCUACAGUCGCUCUCGCGUUUCCACGCGCGCCGAAGGACGCUCCUCGUACUCGGCACGUAACGUCGACCAGUUUUGGUUCGCGACCUUCCCUUGGUGACGAAUACCUGCGCGGUGCCGAAUAAUCUAGACACGCCGGAGAGGAUCCAGCCAACCGGAGCGAGCUAGAACAUGAAAACACUUAUGGAGAAUCAGCUGUCCUGGCUCGCGCUGUUGAUGACCGCCUUGUAUAGCCUGCUCGCUAGCUGCCGAGGUGCUGAAGAGUGCGGACGCGACGAGCUCGUGAGGUGCGCCAGGCCCCUUGAGAGAAUCAACAACAACGACCUGAGUCUCGUCACGAAAAAGGAGGAAUUCAACAAACUAUGCCCGGACCUCGAGGCUGGUAUGAACUGCAUCAAAAGGUACACGAUCAAUUGCAUGAAGGAGAAGGAGAGGGAUCACUUCAACGCGCUCUAUACCGGCACCAACAUGGCCAUCAUGGAGCUCUGCCAAGACGGUCCGUACCAAGACGAAUUCCUCAGACACGCACCGUGCAUGCAGAAAGUCAAGGACGAGUACGAGAUGUGCUACAAGAAGUACCAGAAGAUCACGCAAGAGAUCGAGAGGACCAACCAUACCGAUGGCCAAGGAUCCUCCCUCAAGUCCCUAUGCUGCGCCUUCCAGGAAUACUUGGAAUGCUCUCAUCAUACGGUACGCCGUCAGUGUGGCGAUGAUACAGCGCGAUUCACGAAGGAAUUCCUCGACAGGAUGUCAAGCUCGCUAAUGAAGGCGCACUGCACGCCCUACACGCACGAGGAGUGCAACACGCACAGCGGUAGCUCAAUGCUGUAUCUGCCCGCCAUUAUGCCAAUGACGCUUAUUCUUCUUAUGAGAUACUUCACGUAAUUGGCCGCAUCAGGAUCAUUUUUUACCUUCGAAAGAUAGGGAAGGAGGAAGCGAGAGGGAGCGAGAGAAAGGGAAUCGAGGGGAAGAAGAAUAGCGAGGAGGAAGAGGAGGAGGAGGGGCACGCGAAAUGGGGAGAACGCGAGCGUCGUCCUAAGACACGGCCCGACGCGGAAGGAAGGAGAGGGAGGCCAUGCGGCUUUUAUCAUUCUUCGCUUCAGAGAGAAUAUAUUCCUUAUUUUCGAAGUGCUCGAAGAGAGGCCGAUGGAAAAGGAAAGGAAGAAAGAGAGGGAGAGAGAGAGAGAGAAAGAGAGAGGUCGACGGGGAACAAAGAGAGCAUUAGAUGCAAGAGAGAUUCGAGGGCGGCGAAGGACUAGAGGGAAGCGCAGCGAGAAGAACUAACGUUCCUUUCUUCAAAGGGACGAUAUUUUUCAUUUACGAGAUGGCGCGAGAGAUCACGUUAAUCGAUCGCAAACGGUAAGUAAGCAACAGCCGAGAGAUCAGUAUUAAGAGUCGAUGGGAAGGAAAAUAGGACACUUCAGAAAUAUAUACGAGAGAGAAAGAAAGAGAGCAUCGAAAGCGCGAAAAAGAAUCGGAGGAAGGAUCAUUACUACGUUUCUCUUGUGCACGUCGCGAAGAUCUCUUGCGAAUGGUACAUAAAAGAAGAUACGAUCGCGACGCGAUGUGCUGGACAGCAGCCGAGAACGGCGAUGGAUGAAAGGAUCGAUCGAUCGAUCGAUGGUUCGUUCGAUCGACGACAAAUCGCGACCCGCUGAUUCCGCGCGCCACAUCGCCACGCAAGACUGACUUGACUUUUUUGCGCGCGACAUCGCGAUAAGAACGAAAUAAAAAUACUCCAUUAUUAACCGGCGAGAUUCCUCGCGAGCCGCCUCCGUUCGGAGGACGACCCGAGGCGUUCUCGCAGCCCUGCUCGCUCGCGAGCGAUUUCGACGAGUUCGCGAGGAUUCCGGACGCUCGGAAGGACGACGGCGGCGAGGGAGGAGGUGGAGGAGAGUAACCGUGGAUAGCCGACAGAAAGACGGAGGUGAGAUUUAUAGCGAGGAGAGAAGAAGAAGAAGGCAAACGUGUCUUUCCGGCACGUUUCCGCCUCGAUUUCGGAAAAGGGCGCUCGUGCGGAACGAACGAACGAACUAUCGUCGCCCUGAAAUCAAUUUCGUCGAAUAAUCGCGAUCUAUCGAUUCGCGAGCAUCGACCUGAGGAAAGAAGAAGCGGGACGAAGA